ACUAGGCUCAUCCCUGUUGAAGCAAGAGGAUAUUUUAGGUCUUCGUCAACAUGUAAAUUCAACAGACUGGAGUUUUCACCAAAUAUCUUAAAACAAUGUCGAGUUUUGAGCAGUUUCACAUCGACUUUUACCAGUCUAAUUAUACCAUAGAGGACCAGGAAGAAGGUUGCAACAGCUAUGGCUCAGACAAAAACCUCUGUGAAAGCAGAAAGAGCCUGGCAGAAAAGCAGGGUUUUGUGCCCUCAGACAUGCUGCCGUCCCCCCCGAGAUACUCGGGGCAGAUUUUGCAGCCAGCGUACAGUCCCGACACUCCUCCUCAGCUUGGUUAUGUUGACGGACUUGACGAGGAACCACCUUUGCUGGAAGAACUUGGGAUCAAUUUUGAGCAUAUAUGGCAGAAAACAUUAACAGUUCUAAACCCAAUGAAGCCUGCAGAUGGCAGCAUUAUGAAUGAGACAGACCUCACUGGACCUAUGGUUUUCUGUUUGGCCCUUGGAGCAACAUUGCUGAUGGCAGGGAAAGUUCAUUUUGGCUACGUGUAUGGGAUGAGUGCCAUGGGGUGCCUUGCCAUGCAUGCCCUGCUCAACCUGAUGAGUGUCUCAGGAGUCUCACACGGCUGCGUCGCAAGCGUCCUGGGCUACUGCCUGCUGCCCAUGGUCAUCCUGUCCUCUUCUGCAGUUGUCUUCUCACUGCAGGGGAUCCCAGGAACUGUGUUAGCUCUGUUUAUUAUUGGAUGGUGCAGUUUGUCAGCCUCCAAAAUUUUCACGUCUGCAUUGGCUAUGGAAGGACAGCAGCUCCUGAUUGCAUACCCAUGUGCUUUACUUUAUGGACUUUUUGCACUUCUAACAGUUUUCUGAGAUUAAUUUUCUGAUUAUCUUCUCAGAGUCUUUUUAUGGUUGUUGGAGAGGCAAGGGUUUAUUUACUUAUUUUCAGAUUGCCUAGAGUUGUGUUAGGUUCCAUUAACAAAAUUAUAUUCUAUGACUUACUGGUUUUUUUCCUAAUGGCUGAUAAUGAAAUAAAAAAUCAAGCUAACAGGUAGACGCCUUAAAAUACUGGUGUUUUGACAGUCUUAGAGCUAAAAGAAAUUGUAUUGAGAAAGUAGUAAAAGUGCAAAAAAAAAAAAAGAAAUAAAUUAUAAUUAAAAUUAAAAAUCCUGUUCUGAGUAUUUAUAAUACAAUACAUAUGCUAGAGAGUAACUAGAAUGCAAUUAUGUAAAUAUUUAAUGGACAUAGUAAAUCAAGUGAAAAUGCAUAUUUAUUUGUUUU